AUCUCUAUUCAGUAUCAAAGCGUCCUGCUGCUGCCUCUCAACCGAAUGGGAUUCCAUGUAGUCUGCAGAUAGACUUAACUUUAAAAAGUAUUUUUUCUUUAUUUUUCAUUGCGAUUAAAAUAUAUUUGUCAUCAUCAUUAUUAUUUUGCCUGCUGUCAAGUUAUUCUAAAAUUAGGAAGUAAUGAGCGUGGAUGCAUUGGGAAGCCCCGUGAUGGACCCUACGUUUUCCAAACGGAACACGGCGCUGAGAUUAGUUGACUUGGCAGGGGCUCACCACCAUCACCAUCAUCACCACCAUACCCCUCAGAGCGUGACAGGCUUCCCGGGGUUCAGCAGCCAUCCACACUCAAUGGCUCACUCGCACCCUGGGGAGAUUACUGCGGAACCCCGCCUGGGGCCGAGUCCAUUCGGGCCAGAACACAUGGGGCACUCCGCGGCCCUCAAAAUCAGCCCAGCCCAUCAUUAUCCCCACCACCAUCACCACCACCACAAUCAUCAUAUGGCAGGCCACAGUGAAGUGGUCUCCAGUCAAACGGGAGCUUUUGGCCCGGUUCAGGCGACAUCGGUCCCCUAUUCCAUGUCUCACACGGCCCAGGCUUUAUCCGCAGGUAGGGAUUUCCUCAUCCGGAGAGAUCUGACAGCUCAAGCCAUGCCAGUGCUGACUGACCAGACUGCUGGUUCAGCCUCUCACCACGGAAUGUUUGUCUCAACAACAGGUAGCUAUCCCGGACACUAUGGUCAUCACCCGGACGCCGGGAACCAUACCCUCUUCUCCGGACUCCAUCACGACCAGUCUUCGAGCGGAUCACCGGGUGGCCAAGCGUUGAAUGGACAAAUAAGGUUAGGACUACCUGGAGAAAUGUACGUUAGGUCUGAUCACUUGAGCCAAGUGGCCAGCUCCAGGGCUGAUCCGUUCUCCGCCUCGCCGUUGCAUGGCUACGGUGGUCUGAAUCUGAACAUGAAUCUCAGCGCUCACCACCACCACCACCACCACGGAGCCGGUGCCUUUUUCCGCUACAUGAGGCAGCCGAUAAAGCAAGAGCUGAUUUGCAAGUGGCUGGAGCCGGAGAUAUCGCCGAGGAAACUUUGCUCCAAAACUUACAGCACCAUGCACGAACUCGUAACGCAUGUGACGGUGGAGCACGUCGGUGGACCAGAGCAGGCGAACCACAUAUGUUUUUGGGAAGAGUGUCCGAGGGAAGGCAAACCAUUUAAAGCCAAGUACAAACUUGUAAAUCACAUUCGAGUGCACACCGGGGAGAAACCGUUUCCAUGCCCAUUCCCUGGCUGUGGGAAAGUGUUUGCAAGAUCCGAGAACCUUAAAAUCCACAAAAGGACGCACACAGGUGAGAAGCCCUUCAAAUGUGAGUUUGACGGCUGCGACCGACGCUUCGCCAACAGCAGUGACCGGAAGAAGCACUCCCACGUGCACACCAGCGAUAAGCCCUACAACUGCAAAGUGAGAGGCUGCGAUAAGUCCUACACGCACCCGAGCUCCCUGAGGAAACACAUGAAGGUGCACUGCAAGUCCCCCCCGCCCAGUUCAGGCUACGAGUCGUCCACCCCGUCCCUGGUCUCCCCCUCCUCAGACUUGGGCCGGGAGCCAGGAGGCUCCUCGGUGCUGUCGGAGCCGGUGGGAGCCUCCCAGCCCACGAAUCUAAGUGAGUGGUACGUGUGCCACAGUUCAGGUGCCAGUGGCGCCCAAACACCACCCAGCGGGGCCUCCACACCGGACCCCACAGACGAGCCCCCUUACAGAAACCCAGAACCGAGGGACGCGUUUUAAAUCCCAUUGGACUCAAAGAGAAGAAGUCAGAAGUGACAGAACACGCUUUUCAAAGCCGAACUAUUAAAGAUGGGUUUUGACUUCGGUGCUAUAUGCCUGUGAAGGCCCACUGGUCCCGUUUUUGGUUGAGCCACCGAACAGACAGCCAGUGCCAAGAGACCCAUUUCAAACCACAUUGGAAGGAACACGUGCAAACCUUAAAGACGUGCUAAUAUCCAGGCAAAAAUAAAACAAAAAAAAGAUAUAUAUUUUCAAACCUCAGCUAUUCAAAAUGGUUGGCUCGGUGCCUAUACGCCCUGACGGCCCACUGGUCCACUUGUGGAGAGAGAGAGAGAGAGAGACGUGUAAAUCCGUUAGACUAUGUGGUGCAUUAUUGUAGGCUAGGCAUGUUGGUGUAAAACUAUUUUCUAAAUUCGAGCUUAGACUUCAAUAUGUUUUUAUUUAUUUUUCAAUCUGAAAUUGAGGGAUUUUGUAUUAUCGAACCAAAGUGCAUGUUUCAAUUAGGGCAACAAUGUACAUUUGUAAAUUUUGUAAGUUUCGAUGUGUUGAUGUUUUGUAAGGAUCUGUCUCCAAGCAGUGUCUAAGUACUGCGGUUAUUUGUACAAACGGUAUAUGUUUACAGUAUUGUUUUGUGUUUUCCUCAUUUGUGCAGAAGGUCAACAAUUGAACUGUUUCAUAAGCCUGCAGUAUUUGAUAUACGAUCGUGAAAUUAUAAAUGUUUUAUCAAAGUGGGCAUUUCGUGAUUUUGUAUCAUUGUCGUCAACAUUUUUUGUUCUCAUUUUUAAUAUCUGAAAUCGAGCGGCACUCACAAUGCGUACCGAAUUACCUUGUAAUUUGUGGGUAUUUUGAAUAAAUCUUGUAUGACUAAAGUG